UAUUGUUCGUCCAUCUAUUGUUCUCUCUCUUAGGCUAUUGCAUGUUUGUUGUUCAAGAGGGGUUCUUUUUGUUUGAAUUGGGGUGUUGCACAGUUCGAUUGAUUCGGUUUUGGAGAUUAAAAACCUUCUGAUCAGUUUGCAGAGAACAUGGAGCCCAUGGAUAUUGUGGGGAAGUCUAAAGAGGAUGUUUCCCUACCAAAGGCAACAAUGUUCAAAAUAAUAAAAGAGAUGUUGCCGCCUGAUGUUCGUGUUGCAAGAGAUGCUCAGGAUCUUCUUGUGGAAUGUUGUGUAGAAUUUAUCAACCUCAUAUCUUCAGAAUCAAAUGAAGUUUGUGGUAAAGAGGAAAAGCGAACAAUUGCUCCAGAGCAUGUUCUCAGAGCUUUAGAGGUUCUUGGGUUUGGCGAUUACAUUGAGGAAGUCUAUGCAGCAUAUGAACAGCAUAAGCUUGAAACACUGGACUCCCCUAAAGCUGGGAAAUGGAGUAGCGGUGCCGAAAUGACCGAGGAAGAAGCAUUAGCUGAGCAGCAGAGGAUGUUUGCCGAGGCUCGCGCAAGGAUGAACAAUGGAGUCAGUAUUCCAAAGCAAUCAGACUCAGAUAGGAGUUUGGAGAGCUGAUCUUAAAUUCCACGAAUGCCUGCCUUGAAAUUUUUAUUUUAUUUGUGUUACUUCCAUUCUUGGCUUUGGAGGGGCGUCUACACUAUCAAAUAGCAGUCUUAUUUACUCCUUAUGUGACCUCUUAAAUAGUUAGGUUUUUGAAAAAAUGCAAAUGGUAGAUAUCACUUGUGCAUUCGUACAUUAUCGACCUAUAGCAGUCCAUAUACUCCAUUAGGUACUAUAAUGAUCUUAUGCAUACCCUCAUUA